AUGUCGCAUCGUCACAAUUAUCGACGGUCGGGAAACUCGCGGCGACAGCAGUCCGUCGACUUCCCUCGUUAUCCUCCUCUGUCACAACCGCAGACAGAGCUGCCGACGUCAGCCCUUGCUCCUCCUCCGCCGACUCCCCCUUCUGCUCCUCCUCUUCACGCACCCAUUGCUGUACCUCCUGCGCAGCCUGCGGUCCUCGUCUCAGACUACGAGUCCGACAACCAAGGCUAUCAGUCAGACUACCCCACAAAACCACCUCCUCCCAAUCGCACCAACGAAGAACUCAAUCUAUCAGUGCUCAAACGACACAACCCUCAGAUAUCUUCGAUCCUCUCGAUAGCUCCUUACGCCGUAGUCUACGAGUUCUCUCCAUUACCCCAACCUGAAUGGACAAAGACAGGAGUAGAAGGCUCCUUAUUCAUUUGUGAGCUCACUCCUGGAGCAUUCGGCGAAGACAGGUAUUCGGCCAUUGUGCUCAACAGGAGGGGCUUAGACAAUUUCGAAGCGGAACUUAGAGAAGGUGAAAAUGCCGGCGUCGAGAUAACAGGGGAAUAUGUCAUCAUCAGCUUCAAGGAAAGCUAUGAGCAAAAGAUCUACGGUGUCUAUAUCUUCCACGACGGGCCCGGGACCUCAACUGAAAACGCCCAGAAGCUGAACGGCGAUCUGAUGAAGUCUCUGGCCGACCAUGCCGGAGCGAGUAGACAAGCUGCCGAGGUAGCCGCUGCGGCUGCCACCACACAACAUACGAAUGGACACAUGUACCAAGCUGAGCAGACAUUACAGGAUCAGCACGCAAGUGCACCUACUCCUGGUCAACAAAUCACUCUCCAGCAACUUUUUGGUCAGCAAAGGGCGGACGACGCAGCCUGGAGUGUACGAGCACAUGAAUAUGAUGGUCGAGUCCUUCCUCCAUCACAACCGGGGCUGCAAGAGCCCGAUGUUCUCAGCGAUCUCUUCAGGAAAGCUGGCUUCGACACAAGAUAA